GCUUAAGCUGUCUGGCCGUGCCUCGGCCCGGUCUGCUGGCGUAGGCACUUUUCGCGUCCUGUGCAUCUCACAUUGGGAGUUAUCAGAGCAUACAGGCAGGGUAGCAUUACUAGUAACAGUUCGCCAGGGAACGCAGAGGGUCCCGAAUGUGACCUGAUUUGUCAAUUCGAUGACUUCUCAGAAGCGUCGCUCCACCGGGGGGGGAAUCAUCAGCUUACAACUGGAGAGGUGGACUCGCUGUUUAGUGGUUUUUGUGCAAAGAAAAUUGAGGCGCAUAAUGGAUUUGUCAGGAGUGUAAUUCGACAUCAAAGCGAAACAUCUGAGGAGCACUUAAUUGUCUGCCUCAUUAUGGCCUACCCAGAGAGCUUUGAUUGGCUGAAAGAGACCGUCGGUUUGUUGCCAGGUUUGCCAGGGUUUUCCAGCAUGUUUGGGAAGAAGAAGAAACGGCUGGAGAUCUCAGCUCCGUCUAACUUCGAGCACCGGGUCCACACGGGCUUCGACCCACGGGAGCAGAAGUUCACCGGCCUGCCACAGCAAUGGCAGAGCCUCCUGGCAGACACUGCCAAUCGGCCCAAGCCCAUGGUGGACCCCUCCUACAUUACCCCCAUACAGCUGGCACCAAUGAAGAUAUCUCCCAAGAAAGUCCGGUCAUCCGAAACGCCGUUGCCCAAAACCAUUGUUCGAGGGAACCGGCCACCCAAAGAUGCAUCCAUUAACGGCCUGCUGGAGGAGUUCGACAACAUUUCGGUAACACGUUCCAACUCCCUGCGUAAAGAGAGCCCGCCAGGCCCCCAUCAGGCUGGAGGCAUCUCCAAACCCUCGGGCAGUGGCCACCUCACUGCUCCAGAGGAGAACGGAUUCAACCACUACUACUCCCGCUACUCGUGUGACCUGGACACGUCCAGCAGGGACUUUUCUCUGGACCCCGGCAAGCCAAGCUUCUCCAUAGAUGGGGAUUGGGCACUUGGCAGGCACUAUCGAUUCACCAAGCAGAAUGGCCACUCACACCCCAUACGCAGCCCCUUUUACCCUGAUGCCAUGCCUCAGAAAUCAGACUAUGGCAAACUUCCGCCUGACUAUCACACCUAUCUGGAGAGCAAAGGGCGAUCGGCGGAUGAGGUGGCCUCUACGGUGGGUAGCGGAGUAGGUUCCAGCGGCUACUACCGGGCAUCGGUGGGGGGUUCAUCCAGCCAGGACUACCGGGACACAUCAGUUGGCACACCGUCUCGUGCAUCGCUACACAGCGAGCAGAUUAACUACCCCGACAGUGAGUGGAGUUACGGCGGCAUGAGGGACGAAUAUGAGAAGCGACCCAAGAGUUCCUACGUGACCCAGACCAGCCCCACGCCUGCCAUCAGGCAGCGAUCUCGGUCAGGCUCUGGGCUGCAGGAGCCAAAUGUCCCCUAUGCCGCCAGUGGGACUUUCAGGAGCCCGCCACAGGCCCACCCGUACAGCUCCUACACCUACCCUCGCCUUUCGGAGAGUCUCGCCAACUCACAGACUUUAACCAAGGGCGACUAUGAGCGUCCAUCACGCGAUGACAGUCCCCAGGUCGCAGGUGGUGACACGUACCCCCGAGGGCCUCUUAAGCUACCUCAGAGCCACACGAAGCCGCCUGGCUACCCCUCGGUGCACCUGCCGUACCCCCCGAUCUUUCACCAUUACAAACCCUCUCCUUACCAUCAUCCUCCCUCCCAGCCCAGUCCACCAUAUACCCCGCAGGGGGCCUACUCACAGCCUUCGUCACCUUACGUCCCCCCAGGGGCUUAUCCGCCUCCUUCCUGGGGGUCGAGCUCUGACACGCAGCCCUCCAGAGUUUCUCAUGAGCAGUUCAGAGCAGCACUUCAGCUGGUGGUCAACCCUGGCGACCCUCGGGAAUACCUGGACAGCUUUAUUAAGAUCGGCGAGGGAUCCACAGGUAUUGUUUGCAUCGCCACCGAGAAGCACAGCGGAAAGCAGGUGGCGGUGAAGAAGAUGGACCUCAGAAAACAGCAGAGAAGAGAGCUGCUUUUUAACGAGGUGGUGAUCAUGAGGGACUACCAUCAUGAAAAUGUUGUGGACAUGUACAACAGUUACCUGGUGGGAGACGAGCUUUGGGUCGUCAUGGAGUUCCUGGAGGGAGGGGCACUCACCGACAUUGUGACUCACACCAGGAUGAACGAGGAGCAGAUUGCUACGGUGUGUCUGUCGGUGUUGAAGGCUCUGUCCUACCUGCACACGCAGGGCGUCAUCCACCGUGACAUUAAGAGCGACUCUAUUCUCCUGACUAGCGAUGGCAGAAUCAAGCUAUCAGAUUUUGGCUUUUGUGCCCAAGUUUCCAAAGAGGUACCCAAGAGGAAGUCCCUCGUGGGCACACCCUACUGGAUGGCACCAGAGGUCAUCUCAAGAUUACCUUACGGGACUGAGGUGGACAUCUGGUCUUUAGGCAUUAUGGUGAUUGAGAUGGUGGACGGAGAGCCCCCUUACUUCAAUGAGCCCCCUCUGCAGGCCAUGAGAAGGAUACGAGACAACCUGCCCCCACGGCUAAAGGAGUCCCAUAAGGUGUCAACCGUGUUACGCUCCUUCCUGGACCUGAUGCUGGUGAGGGAACCGUCCCAGAGAGCCACAGCGCAGGAGCUCCUCCAGCACCCCUUCCUAAAGCUCUCGGGACCCCCUUCCUGUAUCGUUCCCCUCAUGAGACACUACCGCCAUCGCUGACCUGCUGACUCAAACCCCAGCCCUCUCCUCCACUAAAAACAUUCACAUAAACACACUACCAGGGUGGCACUGCCCUCACCCAGCCAAAACACCCCACUGCUUGGUGGUGUGCCACCAACUUUCACACCUGUAACCGUGAAGUAGAUUAGCUAGAGGAAUAUCUAAGACAUACAUUAAUAAAAAAAAUUAAAAAACACAAGACAAAGCAAAGAAGAAAAAAACUAUUGAAACCAUGAACUGGAGUAGAAGAGCGUAAUGUGCCAGAGGAAACUCUAGACAUCCAGUAAACUACGCAGACUGCCUCGCCCUGCUGCAGUCUUCUUUCUUCCCAGACUGUAAGUCUUCAGCGCCAUGUAGACUUGUUGUAGCCAUCCAGAGCUUCUCAGAGGGGGUGUGGCAACAUGGAAGGACCCAAAGCGACCAGCGUGCUGCUCCAGACCCGAGCAGCAGAGGGCAGAACAAUCAGUGUGAAGAGAGAGCGGGUUUUUGACUGGUCACGACUGUUUACCGCGUUGUCGGUUCAUCAUAAGGAGCGCAGGCUGCUGCUCAGAGACGAGCUCUCUCGCAUCUCUUGUCACACACUAACAGUGAAAAUGUAUUUUAGAGAAACCUGUAAGUUUUUCUGUACAGUUUUGAUAACUUGCAGUAUUUUAUCGUGUCGUAACCAUUGUGAUAUGAGCGGUAUUAAAUAGAGUUUCUGCAGAGAUCUUUCCUACUGUUUAUAAUCCGAUUUUUGCUUAAAGAUAUAAGAGAUAUCCCAAAUAAACCCACCUAAAACCUGUUACUAAAAAAAAUACUAAAUAUAUUUAUUAUCUUACAUUUGUAGACAGAACUUCCAUUAAAUGUUGGGAAAAAAGGGUAAUGUCAGAAUUUUGUAUGACAUUUUCAAAUAUUUAUUUAUUUAUUGGAACUGAAGGUAUAUUUUUUUGGUAGUGUGGCCUUUUUUUGUUUGCUUUUUGCUUUUUUGUUUUUUUUUGUUAGGUUUUGACUUCGAUUUCUAAGAGCGCAUUUGGCAGACAGUCGGUUUAUCAUCCAAGCAAUACCCCAGACCUGCUGUAUUUAUGAAUCCAUGGCGCCCUGUAUUUAUGAUACUGUAACGACAUCAUGCAUUUAAAUGUAGCACAGACUGAGUGGAUUUGAGAAAGGAAAGAAAAAAAAACUAACUUCACGCAGACUUGUUUUUUUUAUAUAUAUUAGCAGUCUCACUGUGUUUCUUUCUUAAUGCCAAAGAGGCGCCUGUCCAAGACGCCUCCCUACCGCACAGAGUUGAUAAAAGGUUUUCUGCUCACAUCCUCGCUGUCAUCAUCUCACUCCUUAUCCCACCUCAGUCAGUCAGACACACACACUCGCUAUCACCGGAGCUUUGCUGCCAUUCUCAUCUCUAGUUUGGACCAGGAGAACAGUGUUAUCCCCUUCCCUGUUUUUACCCAUCAUUCACUGUGAUAUGUAAAUAUGACUGUGUGUACGUGAGCUUGUGCGUCUGCGUAUGUCAAAGAGCAAAAGAGGUGGAGAGGUGUUUAUCUCUACAGCAUCUGAAAGUGUAUGCGUGUAUGCGUGUGUGUGUGUGUGUUUGUGCGUGCGCUGCUGGCUAAGCCUUGACAGUGAGUCAAGAUUUGAAUGAGUAAACACUUAUCUGUGGUGUUGGCUUGUAUAGUGAUAUUGCAUGUUUGUUAUCAGUGAAGCUGGUUUCAAUUAAAAAAAACAAAAAAACACCCAUAAAAACAUCAA